UUUGUUUGGAUUUCCUCAUACGUUAUUGAAUUGUGUUUUAUUUCAUUAAAAUAAAUAAACAAUUCAUGAAUAAUUGUGACAUUAUUGAAUAAUUUAAAAUCUUCAAAUCAAUAAUAAAGGUUGUAGAAAGAUGUUUUUAUAUUACUAAUGACACAUCUUGGCGGCUGAAAAAUUAAAUCGGUUCAAAAUGAAAGAAAGUAAUCAUAAGUCAAGAAAGCAUAGUAAAAAUGAUCAAUAUGAGAAAAGGCAUAAUAGUAGAGAGGAAUCCACUGAUAAAUAUCGCAAUGUGUUAAAGGAACGACAUUGCAGGGAUGAUUUAGAGUACGACAGGAAUGGAAAAAACCAUUGCAGAAAUGAUUUAGAGUAUGACAGGAAUGAAAAAAACCAUUGCAGAGAUGAUUUAGAGUAUGACAGGAAUGGAAAAAACCAUUGCAGUAACUCAACUAAACACCACUCUGAUUCUAACAAAGAAAAACAUAGAUCAUCCGAACACAAAAAUCAUCAUAAUCAUCCAAAAUCUGUCAUCUCAUCUGGUAAAAAAGAAGACAAAAAGCACAAAAGAUCAGCUCAUCGUAUUAAAGAAGUAGAUGACGAGUCAUAUGAAGAGUUGUCUCGAAAAAAACGCAGAAUAGAAUCAGAAUUACAUGCUUUAGAUUUAGAAGAGGCUGCUGCUAGAGAAGCUGAGAGUAAGAAAACUCAGAAGCAGCCUUCUGAUGUCAACAAAAGAAAACUAGAACCAGUCCGAGUGAAGGAAGAACCUGUUCGUGUGAAAGAAGAGCCUGUUCGUAUAAAGGAAGAACCUAUCAGUGAUGAUGAGCGAAAUAAACGGUCAAAAGAUAAAACCAAAAACAAAUCAGUGCCAAAUGACAACAAAAGUAAAAAGUCCAAACCUCAGUCUUCAAAAUCUUCUGGUGAUGAUGAAAAAUGGGGAAAUUCUUCAUCGGAAUCCAAAAAGCCAGAUAAACCGAAAGAAAAACCUAAUUUUGCUGUGUCGGGAAAACUUGCUGAGGACACUAAUAUGUAUAAUGGUGUUGUCAUUAAAUACAAUGAGCCUGCAGAAGCUCGCAAACCUAAGAAAAGAUGGCGUUUAUAUCCCUUCAAAGGAGAUACAAAUUUACCAUUCAUCCCAGUUCAUAGACAGAGUGCAUAUCUUUUCGGUCGAACACGGUCCAUUGCUGAUAUACCCAUUGAUCAUCCAUCUUGUUCCAAACAACAUGCUGUGCUGCAAUUCAGAUUGGUUACUUACAAGCGUGAAGAUGGUACAACAGGUCGCAGAGUUCGGCCUUAUAUAAUAGAUUUGGAAUCUUCAAAUGGAACAUUUGUGAACAAUAAAAAAAUUGAUCCACGCUGCUAUGUGGAGUUGAUGGAAAAAGAUGUCGUAAAGUUUGGCUUCAGCUCUCGCGAAUAUGUUUUACUUCAUGAAGAAUCCCAGUUUGAUGCAGAGGAUGAAGAUGUUAUACUUGAGUCGGAAUAGGAAGUUAAAUUUUAGACAAAAUAUUUUCCUUCAAACUGUAUGCCUUUUAUUACAUGAAACAAUAUUUUAUGAAACUGUAAAGUGUUUCUUGUGCAUGGACACUCUCCCACUAUCUAUGCAAAUACACCUUCAAUGUAUAAAAUGGAGUUAUUUAUAUCUAAUAUUAUAAAUUUCAAUAUGUGGACUGAAUUUGAUGGGUUGAAUGGUCAGCAAAAUUUUGUACUAGCUGUAAUUUUCAUAUUGAUAGUUGUUGGAAUGGCUCAGACCAUCUUUUUUAAAAAAAUUAGUAUUAAAUUUGAUAAUUUUUAGAAUAAUUUUUUUGUUUUUGUUUUUGUUAGUGAAAUAUUUGCAAUAAAUGUUUUGCAAUUCUUUUAAGCAACAGAAGAAGGGGGGAAAAAAGAAUGUAUCCUUCAAAUUUUUUUCUUAGUUGAAAAAAAACUGUUAUACAAGUAAUUGUUAAAAAAAUUUUGUAGUAGGAAGUGAUUUAAUAUAUAUAUAUAUAUAUAUAUAUAUAUAUAUAUAUAUAUAUAUAUAUAUAUAUAUAUAUAUAUAUUUAACUAAGUAAACCAAAAUACUUCAAACCUUUUACUUAGAUUUAAUUAUGUUUCAUUUUCCUUGUAAAUUAAUAGUUAUUUUGUACUGAAAAGAAGUCAUUGUAAAGUGGGGGUUAAUUUAAGUCUAAAAAAAUGUAUAAUUGAAAAAUGUUUUAUUUUAUCUGAAGAAAUUUAUCAUGCAUCUAUAUAAUUUACCAAAAGUGAACAAAAAGCAAUAAAAUUAAGAUUUCUGCUGUAUAAGAUGUUAAUAAUAUUAUUAUAUGAAAUGAAAAUAAUAUUUUAUAAAUUUUAUCAUUAUUCUGUUGAAGAUUUGGAAUAAAAUUAUUCCUUAUAAAUUGUAUGCUAAAAUGCCAAAUUAGGUUUUUUGUUUAUAUAUGCACUCACUAAAAAUACUGGUAUCUUUUUUUAGGGAGGGAGCGAGGGGGGGGGAUUCUUUCUGGGCAUAUAAUAACCUCACCCAUAUAUAAAUUUCAUUCAAGGCAACUUAAAAUUGAGAGUCUCUAUUGAGCAACAAUUAUAUCACUGCUGAGUAAUAUAGUAUCUGCUUUUUUUUUACUAUCACUGUUGAUUAUUAAUUUUUGCAAUUGAAUUGUAUUUAUAUCACAUAAGUUAUUUUUUAUUUACAUAUUAUAAUUGGUAUUUUUUAAUUAGGUAUCAUUGUAUAGUAUGAAACUUUCCUAGUUCUGCUACCUUUAAUUGUUUAACUAUAAUUUAAAUGCCCACUAAAAGAAUGACUACUGAAGGAGGACAAAAAGAUGGUUUCUUUUUUUUUAAAGGGAUUUGUAAAUUUGUUUUAUACACUUACUAGAAGAUAAAGAAAAAAGGAUUUGAAUAAAAUAAUUUAAUUAUUA